AGACCGAGGUAGAAGUGUAGACAGUCAACCAAUAUUUAUAAAUAUUUCCUAUUUUAUUAUCCAGUAGUGUGUGUGUCGUUAUAAAAUUGAUAAUGGCGAAGUAUAGUAUAUGUGAAAUAUAAUUUUGUGCAUGAGGGGGAUGUGUUAGGUAGAAGAUAAGAGAGAAAUUGGAAAAAUAUACAAUGGCGGAAACUGACAACCACGGAACCAUGGAAGAACAAACAAUGGAUGAAAAUGAAGUCAAGAACCCAGGUCAGCAGGAGUCUGCAUAUGGGUCAUUAGAGUCAUCAUCUCAGGGCCAGUCACAAAAAAGCAGCUACAGUGGGAGCAAAAGUCUCAAUAGUGGAUCAAGUCACAGCAGUGGCUUUGGAGAUAAUGCAGACUUCAGUAGGGUGAACAGACUAAAGGAUAUUAAACACAAAGAACACAAAAGGAAGAAGGUAAAAGAGAAGACUGAGAAACUCCUGGCAAAAGAGAAACCUGAGAAAUUUAACAAGGAAGAGAAGAAAGACGACAAGGAGAAGUCAGGUAGUGACGAGCAUGACCAGAGACUCAACAGUGAAACAGCCAGUAGUAUUACAACAGGUAUUGAAGAAAGCACAUCAACAUUUAACUGCCAUGCAAAUGAUGGCGAUGAUAGAGUAGGUGAUCAGCCUACUCUUGUAUAUACACAAGCCCUUAAUUAUAUAAGAAAAAUUAAGGAACGUUCUGCUGAACAAGGUGUUCCAUUUGCUAGUCCAGAACUCAUACAGCUUCCACGUGACACACAUGAUGCAGCAGCUUUUCUUAAGAGUUUCAAAAGUGCUAGAGGUUUUACCGUGGCCAUCAGCGUUCAAGAUGGCACUGUUCUUCAUUUAUCACCAGCUGUCACAGAUGUCCUUGGCUUUCCCAAAGAUAUGCUUAUUGGGCAGUCAUUCAUAGAUUUUGUGUAUCCAAAGGAUUCAAUUAACUUCUCAUCCAAAAUCAUCCAUGGGUUGAACAUGCCUUUUAGAACCGACUCUAUUAAAGAUAAUUACGGCACCUCCUUCUUCUGCCGCAUGCGCAUGUACCAUGGCCUGAAGUCCUCUGGCUUUGGUGUGCGUAAUAAGAGAACAAUAUACAAGCCUUGCAAGAUUAUUCUGAAGUUCCAUGAUCCUUCUUGCAUGGAAGAGACCGCAUCAACGUAUGGUCCAAAUUCCUCUCUUCUGCUGGCAGAAGUUAUUCCAAUUGAGAGCGUCUAUCAUGUACCUGGUGAAACCCCCGCAAUGGGUAGCUUUAGCAUACGUCAUUCGGCUUCUUGCAACUUCUCUGAGUACGAUCCAGAGGCCAUUCCAUAUCUAGGACACCUUCCUCAAGACUUGACUGGGAAUUCUGUGUUUGAUUGUUAUCACCCAGAAGAUCUGCCUUUGCUGAAGUCUGUGUAUGAAGAUAUUGUUAAAGAACAAGGCAAGCCACACCGGAGUAAACCGUACAGGUUCCGCACUUUCAAUGGUAGCUAUGUCACGCUGGAGACAGAGUGGCUCUGCUUUGUCAAUCCAUGGACUAAGAAGAUUGAUUCCAUAAUUGGUCAGCAUAGGGUAUUAAAGGGGCCAAGUGAUAUUGCAAUAUUCCUUGAUCCUACUGAGAAAAGUCAGUCUCCGGUCCCAGAAGAAGUUCUCAAGGAGGCACAGAAAGCUCAAAAGGAAAUCAUUGAAUUAUUGGCCAAGCCUGUAGCCACGUACCGAGACCCUAGUAAAGAACCUCAGGAGAUGAGGCGUCGCACCCUGGCCCACAUGAUGAGCUCAAUCGUGGAGGAGCUUGACAACAUGGAGAAGAAACAAAGCACAGCUGAAGAAAGGAACAUAGACGGACAUAGGCCAGGUGGUCGACAACCCCUCAGCAUGGUGACCGAGCCAGGCCAGCCCAAUGUUUUUCCAACCACCCAGGACCAAGCAUCAGUAGUCAUGGGAGAGAUCUCUCCUCAUCAAGAUGACCGUUGUUAUGAGUCCAACCCCUCAACCUCUACCCCAUCUAGCUACAGCAAGCUCAACUACAAUGAAACUAUGCAGAGAUUCUUUCGAAGCCACCCAAAGACAAUCUCUUCAGAUGAAAGUGGUGACAGUAAAAUGGAAGUGUCACACUUGGGAAGUUUAGAUGGCAAGAGCAGUUCCGACCCCACCUUCUCAACUUCUGGUGGAUCUGGUAACCACAAGAACUCUCAAACGCACUCACACUCUCAGACUCUCUCCCAGUCGCAGUCUGGCUCAGGAUCAGGGGACAACUGCGACAACACAAGGAAAUCAGAGAGCACAGGUAAUGGCAGCGGGAGCGGAGACAAUGGCUCUUAUCGGCAUGUCCAGCUGACGGAGGAGGUGCUGUCGAGGCAUAAUGCGGACAUGCAGAAGAUGUUCCUCCAGCGGCAGCGGACAGGAGGCAAGCUCUACAAGGACAAGUGGAAGAUUAAGUCCAUGAAAAAGCUGAUGAAGAAGUCGGGUGAUCGGAACCACGGCAUAAAGCGCUCAGGGGCCGUUUUGGAACAGGAGGCCAGUGUCCAGAAGCAGCCUUACCUUGCCCCCCCGUCAGGUGUUCCAGGGCCCCUGAAGCCCCCCCCAAGAGAGGGCUGGUCACAGAAUGAGAGUAAAGCAUCAGAGACUCCAGGACAAUCCAGCACCACCAAUGUGGGACCAAAUGUGCUGCCAACGGGUAGACUUGCAGCACCCCCGUUUCCAGGGAUUAUGCCUGGGUAUUACCUCCCAACGAGCACGUCAAGUGUGUCCCCCAUUCCGCCCAUGGAGAACCUAUUAGUUCCCCAGCCUCCUGGUCCAACUCUGUUGAUGCCACCACAGCAGCCAACUUAUAUUCAGCCACAGGCGAGCAUGGCAGUCCCUGUCCAGUAUGUGGGUGCUUUCCCCGGUGUGAUGUACCAGCCAGUUGGACCUCCUCUGUUUAACGCACCUCCCCUCAUGCUACCUAAUGUGGUCUUCCAACACACAGUCGUACAGUCUCCCCAUGGACAGAUCUCUAUACCACUUUCGUCCGAUGGAGAAAAGAGGUCUGGUGCAGAAAGCGAACAGGAAAUGGACCCAAAUCAGCCAUCGGGCAAAAACUUCACCCUGAAGCGUUCGGCAGUGCACAUGCGUCGACCAGAUUCUCAAGCCACAUCAGUCAAAGCAGAGCCUGGCUCAGCCAGGGGCAGCACUGCCUCAGCUUCGGGCAAGAUCAUUAGUUCCCAUUCUCAUGCUGCAGAGAGCAUACGUUCCUUCGUAGAGGAUACAACUAUACUUUCACCUGGAUGUGCACCCAAGCUGGACCGCGAGAAGAACCAUGACUCAUCACAGUUCUCGCAGUCAACCAGUGUACGGGCAGAGGCGGAAAGUGUCGGGUCACCAGGGAAACAGGAUAAGGCAGCCCUAGACGAUCGUGAACAAUGUCUAGACAACAAUUCAAGUGAUAUGAUAACAAGCUCUACAAAUUCUUCAAGGGAGUACAAGUCUACAGAUGACAGUGUGCAGAACAUAUCAGAACAAUCAGAAAAUAGUGAGGCUUCUCCAGCUGCUAUAAAAUGGAAUUUACCAAGAUCUAAAUGUCGUCGACCAAUCUUAAAUGACCCCCCGUGGUUAGAUGAUGUGAAAGUAACCCCUGAACUACUAUAUAGAUAUCAGUUGGAGACCAAGGAACUUGUUGAUGUUCUGAGACAUGAUAUGGAUAUGUUAAAGAAACUAAGACAGCCUGUGUGGGUGGAUGACCAGCUCUCCUCCCUAUACCAUGAGCUUGAACUUGAAGGUUCCAGCCCAGACCUUCACUUGGAAGAAGGUGUUACGUCCUCUUCUGGCGAGGAUCAGGCAGGGACUUCUUCUCAGAAUUUUGCAAGAAAGAAGAAAUCCUCUAUGUACUUUAGCAAGAUGUCAAUGCUUCACGAGGAGGAUGCCCCAAUGCCACCCCCAGAUGUGGGUCUUCUGACAGGACACCCAGCACCUGAAUCGUCCACCUCCUCCUCUUAAUAUGUGGUUUCUAGUUUAUCCAAGAUUUAUAAGUGCAAGACGAUCCCAAAACCUUUUCUGAUCUGUUCAUAUGGCUUUGAGAUGUUGUCUGUUGUGUAAAAGACAAAAAUAUAUGUGUGUGUAUGUAAGGAUUUUGUAUUGAGAUCUUGAAGUGAGAUUUGGGGGUUGGGAGGUGUAAAUUGCAUGAAAGACAGUGCCAUGUAUUUGCAAUAAAUAGGGACAUCAGGGAUAGUUUCUUUUUAUGAGAUGGAUUUGGAUAUAUA